AUGCGGAUUGACGCCGCGCCAUCGCCGCCGCCGCCCUGCGGCCCGGUCAGCAUCCCCAAGCAGGGCAGGCCUGGCUGCGGCGCGAAGGGACGUCUUGCCGCGGAGACUUGGCUGGCCCCGCCGCAGGCGGCGGCACUGCCAGAGAUCUCUGCGGCGUCCACAGCCAGAAAGUUGAGUUGCUACGAGGACUUGGGCGACUUCGAUUUCUUGUGGAAGCAGCGCGUCGAGCCCUCGCAGAGGCUCGUGCCACCGUCCCGAGGGCGGCGCAUGUGGGACUGGCUGCUGCAGAGGGGCCCCGAGUAUUUGGCCCAGGGUGUCGUGAACUACGCGGCACGCUGCCCUGCCAUCCCCGCCUGCCCGCAGGCGACGUGUCCGUCCUGCCCAGGGCUGACGUGCGGGGACUGUGUGGUGCCGGCGUGCCCGGCGUGCCCAGCCUGCCGACCGAUCACGGUGCCGGCAGGGGCUGCCGCCUUCGCCGAGGCGGCUGGUGCUCGCGAGGAGGCCGCGAGCUGCGCUGAGCCUGGGUUGGGCUACCUCGCGUACCUGAUCUUCCUCCUCGGCGUCGUGGUGGGCGGCGUCCUGACGGCUGGAGGGCUUGCCGUGGGCGGGCUUUUGCGCCGGCUGUGCUGCAGGCCCGUGAAGCCUCUCUGGCACCAGCGCCGGGUGUACGGGGUGGUGGCGCACUCGGGUGGUAAGACCUACGUGGCUGCCACCGCCGACGCGCACGUCUACCCAGAGGACUGGUCGCCGACCUCAGAGGACGUGCUGGCGGUGCGCUGGUGCAGCGAGUUUCGAGAGCUGCCGGCUGGUCCUGUGGUCGGUGCCGGCGGAACAGGGGCCAUCGUGCCUGCAGGCGCCGGCCCUCCAGGCGCACCUCCUGUGCCGGGAGUGGCUCAGCCUGCCCCGGCCGGCGCCGCAGGUGCCCCCGCAGCGGCGGCCGCGCCCCCGCCCGUGCUGGUGGGGCCCUUGCAGGGCGUCGCGCCGGCAGCGCCUGCCGCAGGCGUCGGCACGUCGUGGAGGGCUGCCGAGAGCGGGGGCGGCUUCCGAUUCGGAGACCCUGUCCCAGGCCACGCGCGGAGCGCCCAGGCGAUCGGCUCGAAGGAUUUCCACCUCUUGCCGGACGGGACCGCCCUGUUCGUGGAAGAGGUGACCGCCGCGACUGAGGUCGCCUUCCUCGACAAGGGUGUGUUCGGCGACGCUCGCAUCAUGGCGGUCCGUCGCAACCGGCAGGGGCGGCGCGAGCGUACCUGGGCGGAGAUGGUCGCGGCCGCGGUGCAGGAGGAGUUCAGCAACGACUGGGACUUGCCCGGGCCAAGGUCCGUGCUGUGGUGCCUGGAGUUCAUCAACCAUGAGGGGCUCGGACUCGACGGGCAUCACGAGAGGUUUCGUGUUCAAUGUAAGUUGGAGUUCUCGAGUUGGGGCGUGUCCGAGCACUACAAUGUCACGCAGGCCUUGAAGUUCGGCCUCCUUCACGACCGGCUGGACGGCACCAAUCUGAUGAUGGUGGAGCCCAUGCUUCGCCGACUUCAAACGAUCGAGUUCGCGCACUCAGAGCGGGCUCGCGAGCAGGAGGCCAAGGGCUACGGAGGGAAGCUCAGCCUCGAGGAGCAGAUGGCCUUUGCGGGCACAGCCCGCGCAGGUGGCUCCCUGAUGAUCUGCCCUCUUCUGCUGGAUUACGUGCGGGGCGAGGUCGAGCGCGAGGCCUCGCUUGCCAAGAAUUUGCGCAAGGCCCGAGAGGAGCGAGAUGCUGCCCGGGCCAAGGAUAAGACCAAGAAGGAUGCCGGGUGA